CUCUUCCCAGAAAGGAGCCGGGCCGGUGGACGAUGGCGUUAACAGGGCUGCUGCUGCUGGAGUUGGGUCUGUACGCCAGCUGCUUCGUCUGUGGGAUUGUUACCGCCGCGUCCAUCACCAUAGUGCAGGGUAACUUUGGAGGUCGGUGUAUGCUUUAUGGACUUGUCUAUUACAAUGGAUCAGCAAGCCUUAUUGACAUCCAGUCAUCCAGCGCCUCCUCUCUCUGUUACUUCGUGUCGGCCAUAUCAGUUAUGGUGGCAGUGGUGUGUUUCUCACUGUCACUUUACUGGAUGUACAGUUUCUGCAUCGACGGGGAAAUCAGAAGGGAGCGCAUGUGGAUGAACAUGAUCGUGAUUGUGUGCGGCGCUUUCCUGUUCUUCCUGCUCAUCACAGGGUGUAUGUUGAAGAUCGGACGUGACUCACUUUGCAACUCAGUCAUAACCACCGUUCCCAACAUUACCAGAUGUGAGGAGGCCCAGACCAGGCAGUGGGUCAGUCCACUCAAAGGUGCAAGGUUCUACAACAGUUUGUCCAAAGCAGAGACUGCAGUGUGGGUCAACUUCAUCUUCUGGAUCAUCAUCGGAGUUCUGGUGUUUGUUCAGAGGCGCCAGAUUUCAGGGUCAAAGGUCAUUGUGGGGGGGUAUGGUGGACCAGCUGGAGGGCUUUUCGGUGAUCCAGGGGUGACGGCCGCAGAGACAGAGCCAUUUUUCAACCGUCCUGCGAGGCCACUGUGAGGACAGGGUUUCCAUAUUACUUCCAGAAACAUUGCAAGAACACAACAUGAUGCUGUGGGAAAUGGGUCAAGUCAUUCAUUGCGCACUGAUUUGUAUUUCGUAUUUGUAUUUCAUAGGUAAUACUGUUUUUAUCAGGUAGUUUAUGAAAGGGUUAGCAGCUGUAGUUGGUAACUGCACCACAUUGAAAGGGUUAAAACACACCGUGCGACGAGGAUGGGAUUCGAACCCACGCGUGCAGAGCACAAUGGAUUAGCAGUCCAUCGCCUUAACCACUCGGCCACCUCGUCUGUGUAAUACUGUUUAAAGCACCAACAAAAUUCCUGAGCCCCAUUUGAUAUUCUACUAGCAGUCUAAGUAAAAGAUGACCUUUACCCGAUUCCUGCAUAAUAUAACUAAUUUACCAAAGCCCUUUUAUCUGAUCAUACACCGGUGUGCAUUUUUGUAACAUUUUGUUUACAUAACAAAGAAAUGGGAGUGUCUAUGGCAGACAUUUGUUUUUAUAUUUCAUAAGUGUACUCAUAUUUUGUUGUUUAUGUAAAUGGUAGAUUUUUUUUUUUUAUUUUAGAAGGCAUUUUCACUCAUCAUAGGAAUUGCCAAACCCUGAACUGUUGCUCACAUUUCUUGAAACCGUUUUAAAGCAAGAAAAAAAAAACACUCCAGAAUCUUUCAAAACAAAGCUAGUGUGUAACUGUUACUUCCUCCUUUUGCAUCAUGUAAAGCAGACUGUUAGAUGUUUGGAUCACUAACUGUUUACUCUUCAUUUCAAACAUUUUCCUAUGCUUUCACUGACACUGAGCGCCAACAGCACCAAAUGGUUGUUUUUGUGACCUAGCUGACUACAUCUGAGUAUCAGUGUAGAGGAUUGCUCAGGCUUCAAAAGUCCAAAUGUUCACAUUUUACUCUGUAAAGCAGAAGAGCACUUGUAUUUGCAUGUAAUGUGUAGACAAACACCUGUGUUUGUUCUGCCUAGGUCACACAACAGAGAUCAAUACUGUAAAAAAACACUUAAAACACUCAUGCCCGCAUCAACAUUUUUAAAGAAUUUCAUAUAUUUUUAGCUACUGUCUCCAAGAACUAAAGCAAGGUCAUGAGAAAAACCCUACGUUCUGUUCUGUAAGUUGUCGUUUUUUAUUUAUGACUUUUUUAUUUAAUUUUUUAAUGUUUUUUUUUUUUUUUGUCAAAAAGGGUUUGUGUUUUGAUCUUUGAUUGUUCAGUUUUUGCAUAAUGGUUUCUCAUUAUAACUUUUACAGCCAAUAUCAUCAGUAGCCUCUCCUGGUUGCUGAUCACUUUAUAAACUCAUUCCUGUGUUUGUGAAAUGUGGAGAUAUAAGUCUGCUUUUUACACCAAUAAACCAAAGAA